GCUGUCGCUGCGGAGCAGAAAAGCCAAGCAAAUGUGUUUGGAAUACUCGGUGUGGACUUCAUGCACAGACUGAGAAAAGUAGCCUAUUUGUACAAACUUUUUGAACAUCUUACAUUCAUCCGUGCCAUGCACCCGAAGUUUGUUCCACGACGCGGGACGGGAGAACAAUAGCCGAUCAUUUCUUGAAAUACAUUACAUGAAUGAAAAUCAAAGGACUACUUUUUUGAAUGUCUUUUUGUUUCUUAUAAGCUAGGAUGUUAAAGAUAUGGGCUACUAAAUGUGUUUCUUACGUGUUCUCCAACAGCCACAUAUCCUGCUCGCGAAAGUCUGGAACAGACAUCGUUUUUGUCUCUGAAGCGAGGACGCUACUGGGUUUGUAGGUUAUGUCGCCUACGCAUGACGCACCGGCGAUUUUAAAUAAUUGAGCUGGGCAGUUAUUUAAUUUGUGAAAAUUGUACCGAUCUCCAGCAGUGCUUAUUAACUUUGCGCUUAGGUCUUUCGACCCCCCCUCGCGUCACCAAGCCUUGGAGGAUCAGUGUUGAGCGCCUUGCGGAUGCACCUGUUAUCAACACAAAAAAAAAUAAAAAAAAUUGCGGACACUUGUGGCUUUAAGCAAUUCCAGACGAAAAUUGCUGCAUAUAAGAUGAACUCAUUCGUAUUUCGAAUCAAUGUUCUCACUGCUUCUGUGGCGCAAGACUUCUCAGCGUCUUCAUCAAAUAGUAGUCUCUAAUACAAAUAAUGACUGUCUAGAUCGUCUAGUUUAAGUAAACACUAAAUUGCUCGACUCCGCUUAGCAUGAACGGAAUACCAAACUAGUGAGUUUUAUGUGAAAAACAAGCCUUUUAGUCACUGAAGCAGAAAUGAAAGCUUCCCACAUCGUCUUUUGAGCGGGGAUUCACCGGUCUGAGAAGGAGGGAUAAGGUAGAGUGAUCGGAGCCCUCUGACCUGUUCUUCGAACUUCAGGGUGAAGACGAUGCGCUUCAGCAUAGCCUGGCUCAUCCUCUCUCUGCUCUGCAGAGUGAUGGAUGGCAGGCUGCUUCUGGAAGGCUUGCAGAGGUUUGGCGGUAUGCCCAUGUACCUGCCUGUGCAGUACCAGGUGUUGAAUGCCGAGCAGGCCUUCUUCCUCAAAGAGGCCAACCAGGACAUUAUGCGCAACUCCAGUCUGCAAGCCCGCACCGAGCUCUUCUUCAUCCAGCAGGCCAGGAGGAUGCCCAUCGUCAAUGCCAGCUACGGGCCCCUCUCCGUGCAGCAGCCUGUGCACAUGGAGCUCCUGGGCCCUGGGUUCUUCAACAACCCUUCCUCACCGUCCAUGUCUUCUCCACUGUUCACGUUCAAUUGGAAGGUCCAGACCUUCAUUAUAAGUGAGCGCAUCCACCCCAGCUGGCCGAAGGUACAGGUUAUGUUUUACGUCGUGGGCCGGGACUGGGAUGACUACAGUACAGUGGACAGGCUCCCAUGCGUCAGAAUGUUUGCCUUCCAUGAGACCCAGGAGGUGCGAGGCACCUGCCGUUUGAAAGGAGAACUGGGCCUGUGUGUGGCGGAGCUGGAGCCUCUGCCCAGCUGGUUUAGUCCACCUAGCAUAGUACCUGGUAGACAAAGGGCACCAGAGCAGGCCGAGGGCACACCUGUGGAACUUUACUACAUGGUACAAUCCACCGACACUGGUGACUGCAAUUCAGAGGACUCCCGCAAGGUCAGUCCCAUUCAUUCGGAGCAACAGGGGCCAGCUGGGUACUUUUCAGGGCCAACGCCCAUGAGGAGGAUUGGGAGCGUGCGUCUGCUACAGCCACUCUCUGAGGUGCGGCUGGAUGGCAACUUUGUGGUGAUGGUGCCCUCCAGGCCUGUCAGGCAGAAGGAGACAGUGUCAGCCUUCCUGGCUGCUUCCACUCUGUCCUCUGUGGAGAUAUUCACCCUCAGGGUGAAGCUGAAAGAUGGAGUGACAUUUUUAGGCACGAGGGCCAGCAAUCCCGUCCACUGGACGGUCAGCCAGGAUGUGAGGAGUGAGGGGCACAGAGUGGUCACCCUGCACUGCCGACGGAAGGAUGCCAGCUAUGGGCAGAGGAUCGAGUCAGGCUUCCAGAAGGUUCUGCAGGUGGAUCUGGAGGUGAAUGGCCUUUUGGAUCCCAUGGGCAUCCGUUCAGUCAGAUGGCAGGUGGAGUACCCCAUGUCUCGCACGCUGACUGAGGAGAUCCAAACUCUCAUCCGGCUGGCGCCUCAGGAACUGGGAGGCAUCGUGCCACUGGCCAUGGAGACAGAGAUCCUCAACACGGCUGUGCUCACGGGCAAGACUGUCGCCAUGCCAGUAAAGGUGGUAACCGUAGGAACAGACGGUGCAGUGACCGAUGUCACCGACUCGGUGGAAUGCCGUUCAACUGACGAAGACGUUGUUAAGGUAUCUGAGAGGUGCGACUACGUGUAUGUGAAUGGGAAGGAAAAGAGAGGCAGGGUGAGGAUGAUGGUAAACUUCACCUACAGCUACCUGAGUUCCCAACUGGAGAUCAGCGUGUGGGUGCCCCACCUUCCCCUGCAGGUGGACAUACCUGACCCCGAGCUCAGCCAGAUCAAGGGCUGGAGGGUGCCCAUGUCUCCAGGCAACCACAGAUCUAGUGUGGAGGAUGUGGAAGGGGUUAGAAGGGAGCGUGCCUGUGCUCCACAUUACCAGAGCACCACUGUGCGCGUGCUCACCCAUUUUGAGGCGGAGCCAGAAGAGGGGCGGGGACAGCAAGACUUCCUGCUGGGCAGCGAUUGGCAGGUGGAUGUGACGGAGCUGGUGAGGGAUUUUCUGAAGGUGGAUAACACGGGCGUGGCCAGCCUGCUGGAGGGUCCGGUGCUGAUGGGUCUGAAUACGGGCACUGCCAAAGUCCAGGUGAUGUCGCCGCUGUCGGACUCGGUCCUGGCUGAGAGGGUGGUGCGGGUGCUGGAUGAUAAAGUGAGCAUCACUGAGCUGGGAGUGCAGCUGGUCUCGGGCCUCUCACUGAACCUGCAGCUCAGCACAGGCAGCAGCAGGGCCAUUGUGGCCACUACCACCACGCAGGACACCAUGCACAACCCCAAACAGGAGUCUCUCAUCAGCGCCUGGCUGCAGUUCAGUGAUGGUUCCAUGACCCCCCUUGACCUCUACGACCCCACGACCUUGGUGCUGAUGGCUGCCUCGCUGGACGAGCAGGUCAUUACAAUUCAGAGGGACUUGUGGUGGAAGUGGCCUGUGGUUGUAGCACGUGGUGAAGGCCAGGGCAUGCUGCUGCGGGUGGAGAUGUAUGGAGCCGAGGCCUGCCAGAAGACCAGGCGCCGCACCCUCUUGGCAGCUGGCAAUGGCAGCAUCCGUGUGAAGUUUGGCCGUGGUGAGGAGAGUGAGACCAGGGCUGGUGAACGGAGGCACAGGCCCAACAAGCCAUACUACGGAGGCUCCAUCUCAGAUAUGGAGGCUGGGAUCAUGAACAAGGGAGCCACCACCAUCAAGACAGCCGCCCCAGGGAGGAACAGUGGCGACAGGCAUGCGGCCAGAGAUGUUCCCGCGGACUUCUCAGACUUCCCAGCCCAGGCAGAGCUCCCGCAUGGCCGUAGCACGGAAGAGGAGCUGCUACAGACACGACGCGGCCUCACGGACCUGGAAAUCGGCAUGUAUGCCCUGCUGGGGGUCUUCUGCCUGGCCAUCCUGGUGUUCCUUAUCAACUGUGUUUCCUAUGCGCUCAAGUACCGCAACAAGCAGCUGCCUCUGGAGGGCCAGGAGACCAUGGCCCAUGCUCACGACUGGGUGUGGCUGGGCCACGAGGGCGAACUGCUGGAAGGCCACGCAGGCCUGUGUCUGCAGCAGGAGGAGCUGGGUGGCACAGCAGACUCAGGCCUGGGCCUGGAGGAAGGCAGCCAGCUCCUCAAUGGCCUCGCAGCCCAGAAAAGCUUGCAGGGACUGGGGCACAGGUCCACCUCGGACUCAGGCAGCACGGGGAGGGAGCACAAGGGCGAUCCUCUGAACUCACCCACGACCAAGAGGAAACGGGUGAAGUUCACCACCUUCAGCCAUGCCAAGCCUAAUAACGGCUGCCCUGCCAUCAGCCCGCUGGUCAUCGGGCAGAAUGAUAUCAAGUGGGUGUGCCCGGACAUCGAGCUUGGGGACUCUGAAGAGCUCCGAAACUACAUGGAGAGGUUAAAUGAAAACGCUACAAAAAACAUAGCAUAGUGGGAUUUGCACUUGUUUGUUUAUUUCUGGACAAAGUGUAGCUCACCCAUUUGCCUUCAGGGUAAGGAGCAGGGUUCCAACUGGCUCUGCCGCUUUCACACAGGCUCAUAUCUCACCAUGAAAAGACAGGCCAUUCAUCUGGUCUUGUUUCCAUGGCAACUGUCAUAAGGGUUCAUCAUCAGGAAUGAAGGAAAACAAAGAUGGCCAUGAAACUGCAGAGAAUAUAUAAUCGUCAACUUGGAAUAUGAUACAUUUGUUUAGAUGUCUAUUUUUACUUCAUUAUAUUUAAAGAAGAACACAAAGAAGAGCAGAGUUAAUUUCAUUUUAUAAUCCAAACAUUUAUUUAGAUUAACCCUGACUUAAUCUUCUGUAUUUGAUGUGUGUGUUUUUUUUUAUUUUGUAAUGUGACUAUUUGAAAUAAAAUUAUUAAUAUUCACAUAACAUAAAAUAGGUGUAUAAAUAAUAGCAAAUUGCAAAUUAAUGCAUUGACAUACUGUAAAUAAAGUGGACAUUUAAUGGUUCUACAUUUUGUAAAGUUUUACAUAUUUUUAUACAUCUUUGUUCCUAUCUCUGUUGCUGUGCUUCAGUGUAUUCUCCAAAGACUUCCUUGAAUAAGUGGAUGCAUGUUUGUUGGUAGAUAUGGACACAAAUGUUUCUUUUGACACACACCCCCCCCCCCCCACUGUGAAUAUGUACACACUUCAGAGGACCACCAAGUGACAUCUAAGAACUGUUGAGCAAACUGUAUUACAGUAGGUUGUGUUCUCCUGUAUAAAGUUUUUACAGUAUAAUAGAUGGAUCGGGGGUGAGCGCUCCACCUGUCUCUGUCUAUAGCGGAGUUCCUCUUUCAUAUCCCGUUUCCUGUUCUGCAUUUUCUUACCUUUCUUUUUUUCAUUCAGGACAAAAAAAAAAAAGUGUUUGUUUGUGGUCAGAAUG